AAGUGCGCGCGGUCCAUGUACCAAUGGCUGCUCGCGCUGCUCCGCGCCCUCCGCGCCGCCGCCCGCCCGGCCCCGGCCCCGGCGCUCGCCCGCAGCCCGCAGCCGCCGGCCCGGAAGAAACCGGCCCCCAGGUCAGCCCUGCCCGGCUCUGGGAGCGCCCUGACCCGCGCCAGUGUUCUGUCACCUGUGGAAGAUCCUGAGGAGAUCCCUGCAAAGAGACUGAAAACAGAAUGGGUCUCUGGGGCUAGCAAGGAGCCUGAAGAGGUUUCUGUGGCUGCCAAGUUGUCACCUAAGGCAACAAGCAGAAGCCAGGAGACUAAGGAGAGAGAUGACUUCUUCUCUGAGUCUGAAGAUGAGGUUGUGUACAUUUCUUCUGGCUCUUCAUUUAUAGCAUCUGCAGAGGAUGAGGACACAACAGAACCUGACGAAAUGCCUUGUGACACCAACCUGUGCUUGACUGAGGAAACACCAUCCUCUCUUUUUAAGAGAGUUCCAUAUCUGAGCCUGAGCAGGAACAAUCACAUCCGAGCUGCUCCGGAGAGCCCUGUCACACCCAGGCCCCCCAUUAAGGAGCCAGGUCCCAACUCUGCAGGACUCAGUGGCACCAGGAGGCCUUUGUGUGCUGCUGAAGAGGAUGUUCAGCAAGCAGAAAAUAAGAAAUACAAAGAGCUCUUGAGUCUGUUCAAGAAAAACUAUUCUGGAAGACUUACUUCUCCACGGCCAGCAAGACUUAACAAAGUUCAAACCAAGGAACCAGGGAUGACUGGGAGUCCCCUGAAAGAGCAAAAACCCAGAGGUGCCUCUCCACCUGUGCCAGCAAGGACCAGUGUCAAACAUGGGGAUGUUUUCAGCCCCCAGCUGCCUCAGAGAGGUGUCAUGAUCAGCUAUUACACACCACCAGAAGACUCUCGUGGACAGGGAAAACGAGAGAAACGAGCUGCUUCAGUGGGCCAGCGUGAAGCUGAAGUCCCCCAGAGAAAGUUAUUCCAGUUCCACGUGACACCUGUCCUGUCCAAGGACCUCUUCUUUGUGGACAGUGAGCCACUGCCAUGCCUAGAAAAGCCAGGAGAUGAUCUGGCUCCACUGACAGAGGCCAUGGAGAGUGAGAUCUCUGCUGCCUUUGACACUGGUGAGCCUGAGGACAUCCUGAGCAGGGCCUUCAAGCUCACUGUCACCCGUGAGGACAUCUGCACCCUGCAGCCCCUGGGCUGGCUCAACGACAGGAUCAUGAAUUUCUACAUGAGUCUUCUGGUGGAAAGAAGCAAGAAGGAAGGAUAUCCAGCAGUCUAUGCUUUUAAUACCUUCUUUUAUUCCAAGCUAAGCUCUACAAGCCACAAGGGAGUAAAGAAAUGGACCAAAGGUGUGGAUAUCUUUGAGCACGAUGUCAUCUUGGUGCCUGUUCACCUCAGAGUUCACUGGACACUGCUGGUCAUAGACCUCCGAGAGAAAACCAUCAAAUACUUUGACUCCUUGGGACAGAAAGGAGACCACAUUUGUAGAACUGUCUUAAAAUACCUAGAAGAGGAAAGCAGGGAAAAAAGAAACAUUGAAUUGACUGCUUCUGAGUGGACCCUUCGCAGCAUGGGCACAGAGGAAAUCCCUCAACAAAAUAAUGGAAGUGACUGUGGAGUUUUUGUUUGCAAAUUUGGCGAUUUCAUCUCCAGAGACAAACCCAUCAUCUUCACCCCGGAACACAUGCCUUAUUUCCGCAGGAAGAUGGUGUGGGAAAUAAUCCAUCAGCAGCUGCUGGGUGACAUGCACUGUUAGAAAAACACUGUUCUGUAAAAGAGUAGUAUUUAUUUCUUAUUGUUUAGGUGAGAUAAGAUAAAUAUUAACUUAUGUAAGAGCCUUAUUGUAUGGGAAGGUUACUUGUUAAUAGAGUAAUUUAUUUUUUAAUUGAAAACUGA